GGCAUCGAUAAUAAUCACCAACUUCCAAUUCGACACCGUGGCUGACAAAAGUCUUCCGACUUUCACCACGACACAGCCCUUUUGUGUGCUGUGCUCCAGGCGCCGACGAAGUUGCAUUUAUAAAGCGAAGCGAAUCAUACAACCGUUGCCAACUAUAAACCCUCCAAAGCUUAAAACUCCUGCCAACCUGUCCGCUUCAUAGCCAUAGCCUUCGCUCGGCGGGACAGCCAACUCUCGAACACGGAACAGCUCCCAUAGAGCCUCCAACCCCCCUCCCCCCCCCGGGACACUCCGACCUCUUUACUUAUACCCUCCCAUUGAACGACACCGCUUCAAUCAUGUCCAACUAUUACAACCCGCAACAAACGUCCUACGGUGCUCCGCCUCCCCCCACGGGAGCCCAGAACCUACAAUUCUUCCCAUCCUCCUACUCCGCGGGCGUCUCGGGCCCGGCCACACCGCAACAGCCCUACGGCUUUGCGCCUCAAACCGGCGGGCAAUAUGGAGCCGGCCCAUCGGGAUUCAAUUCCGGGUUUGGCAGCGGCCCUGGCGUGUCUGGCCGCAUGGGAGAGCAGGGCGGUCUGAGGACAGGAUGGCUGGCAGCGUUCUCGACGGAGGGAUAUGAGGGAGAGCCGCCCCUAUUGGAGGAGCUUGGAGUCAACUUUACCCACAUUCGAGCAAAGACCCUCGCAGUGCUAAACCCCUUCCGACGCAUCGACCAACAUGUCAUGGACGACUCCGAUCUCGCCGGCCCCAUCCUCUUCUUCCUCCUCUUCGGCACCUUCCUUCUCUUCUCCGGCCAGGUGCAUUUCGGAUACAUCUACGGCCUCGCCCUCCUGGGUUCCAUUUCCCUCCAUAUCAUCCUCUCCCUCAUGACCCCCUCCGGCCCAGAUCCUGACGACUCGCACCACCCAGCCGGACCGCAAUACGAUUCCUCCACCGCCGCUUAUCCCGGGUCAGGGCCCACGGGUGUUUCGGCGGCAGGGGGCCCCGGAGGCCGACCAGGCCACUUCUCCAGCACGCUAACCUUCGCGCGCUCGAGCUCCGUCCUGGGCUACUGCCUCCUCCCGCUGGUGGCCACGAGCCUGGUCGGCGUGGUGAUGCCGAUGGACACCCCGCUCGGCAUCGUCCUCACCGCCGCCGCCAUCCUGUGGUCUACCUAUUCCGCGUCCGGCAUGUUCUGCGCCGUGGGCCGCAUGCGCAGCAUGCGUGCCCUCGUCGCCUACCCCCUCGCGCUCUUCUACGUCGGGUUCGGCAUCAUGGGCAUUUUCAGCUCGCGCGGCGGUGGCGCGUCGCUUGCUGCGGGCCUCAAGGCGUGAAAGAAUCACGUAUACCGUGGUUGAGACCAUAAGGGCGCGUCUGAACAGCGGAGGAAAACACAAUCUCUAAUGCCCCGCCCCCUUUCUACACGACGGCGGGGGGACGGGGGGGACGGGGGGUUCGAGAUGGCAACGUUGCAUGACGGGAUGGAGUUCUUCUGGUAGUGGCAGACUAGCAACACGGCGCAAGGUUAUUUAUCAAUCUACUCUUCAAGGCACACGACAUUUAAGUGUCGCACAGCGAGAGAGUACCAUCGUCAAAGCACGAGCGGGGGAGGGGGGAAAAGAGCGAAAUGAAAAGAAUAAGAAUAUGCUAGGAUGAUUUCCCUUCGCAAGGAUCUGCGUUCAUUCCGUGCUCUCUCAGCUGUGUCCAUGUAUAUAAAGUCAAGAACUCCGGUCAAUAAGAUUGUACCCAGCAAGAGAGCGAGCAG